CGGAAAGCAAGGUGGGAGUGUUGCGAGGGCUCUGGUCAAGGACGGCAACUUCAAAGUACGCGCUGUCACCCGUCAUGCCGACAGUGAUAAAGCCAAAGAGCUCAAGAAAGAAGUCUCGUGGAUAAAGCGUCUGCCCGGAGAACGGAAGGUCGUGGGUUCGAUCCCCGGUGGAAUACCAAAAGAUGUUAAGAGAUGGUACUUAUUGGUACCCUGCCUGUCGCUCAUCAUUACGGGGCCAAAACAAGGACUGGUCGGCUCCAGGUUGUGAUGUGGUCGAAGCGAAUCUAGAUGACAAGGCCAGUGUGGUGGAAGCGAUGCGAGGAGCUUAUGGGGUGUUCCUGGUGACUAACUACUGGGAAGACAUGGACGAGAAGCGGGAGUUCACGGAGGGUAGGGACGCUGUAGACGCUGCCAAAGAGUGUGGUGUUCAGCACCUGGUGUACAGUGGCCUGGAGAACGUGACGGAAUCGUGCGGCUAUUCCGUGGCUUGCUUUGACGGCAAGGGCAGGGUGGAGGAAUAUCUUCGGUCAUGUGGCCUGGAAUACACCAUAGUCAGGCUGUCGUUCUACAUGGAGAACCUACUGACGAUGUUUCCGCCUAAGAGGCAAGAAGACGGCUUGUACCAUCUGGAAAUACCAAUGGAGGGACAUCCCCUACAUGUUGUGAGUGUGGGUGAAAUAGGCCCAAUGAUAGUCUGCAUCUUUGAGGAUCCCCGGGAAUACACAGGGAGAACACUUGGGCUGAGCAGCGAACACCUCACUCUAGACGAGAUGGCACGUGAAAUGACGGAAUGUUUGGGGGUCAAGGUCAAGGAUGACAAGAUAACCUUGGCCGCCUUCUGCCAACUGAAAUUCCCUGGAGUCGAAGUGUUCUGCACCAUGUUCAAGUUCUUCCAAUCUGACGACUUUAAGAGAGACAUAGAACUCAGCCGGAAGUUGAAUCCAGAAUUGUCUCCCUUCAGAGAAUGGUUGGCGCGCAAUAAAGAGGCGCUGCUCGCUAUAAUGAACAAAUAAUGUCGCACAUACGUUCUGUGGGGGCACGGGUGGCCCAGUCGUCUAAGACGCCGCGAUUUGCUGUGCAGAGUUGCGUCCCUUGGGCACGCCAGAAACCUAUGAUUGUGGGUUCGAAUCCCGGUUCGCCCCGAUUAUGU